AUGGCCGCCAGUUUGGGUGCGACGGCGCUGGCUGAUGUGCAUCACCAAGGGCUGGACCAGAUUCUGAAUGAACUGGCUGCUGUCUGCCCUACUAGUCUUGAUCAACAGCCGCUAGUGGGUGUCCCUGUCAUUGAUGCUUUGCUGGAAGUCUUCAUGCAGAGACUACCGGGCACUGCAAUUGAGACAGAACGGCAUUUAUACAAUAAUGAACCACCAGAGCGAAUAAUUACAGAAGACGAGGAGAUGCUCUUGAACUACGAUGACCAGGCUGAUGAGACUGCCACUUCUGGGGAAUCACCUGCCCAAGCAGAUCCUGAGCCAUCAUCCAAUGUCCUCUUUUCGAGCUCGGUCCCCAGACACAAGCGAGCUAGGCCAGUCGUGGAAAUUUCCAGCAGUCUUUCCGGUGCUGGGAAAACACAAUUACUAUAUUAUAUGACUGCGCGUGCCAUAUUGCCGAGAACUUAUGGCGGCGUCUCCAUCGGAGGGCUCGAGGCAGCUGUGGUCUGGAUGGACGCUGAUGAUCGGUUCGAUGUCUACAGACUACGAAAUGUGGCCGAAGGAAUUCUACGACAAGCACGAGAAUCAGUGGAUGAUGAGACAUCGGAUCAGCAAACUGGACUCUGUUCAGAUGGACAGCUGACAGAGAUUUUGACAUCCUCCCUCCAGCAUGUCCAUGUCUUUCGCCCACAAUCAUCCUCGGCCCUUCUUGCCACGCUGUGUACCUUAGACAAGUAUCUUUAUGAUCUAUCUCGCCAUCAUUCUGCCUCACGGCCGCUACACAUGCUAGUCAUCGACAGCGCCACAGCAUUCUUCUGGCAAGACAAAUUACGGGACGAAGUGGCUCGCACCGAAGAGAUUGGGCGUCCUCGACCAGAGUCUGAUCAAAAGCGGGAGAUGAAACAGAUCUUCAACCUCUCUGAUCUGUACGCUCAGAUAGUCAACGAGUUGAAGCGACUGCAGGGUCGAUUCGGAUGCGCCGUGGUGUAUACAACAACAGUCUCCAGUGGCCGUCUGCCUGCUUCAACUACCAGCGGUCAAUCUGGUCCUCUUGGCCCAUAUGACCGUCCACCGUCUCAGACACCAUCCCUGCGGCCUGCAUUGCCAGCUCCAUGGGGCACGUUCCCGGUCCUCCGCUUGGUGGUUCACAGGGACAGGGUUCGCCCGUUCCCACCGGCUAUGAGUGCACACGAUGCCCGGAGGGAUGCCCCCAUGCGACAGAGCGUUGUUACUCAAGGCAAGUUCUCAGCCUGGGUCAAUGCAUGGGGUCGUGAGGAAUGGCCUCGUCGAGUGGUGGAUGGUGUCAACUGGUAUAAUGGCGGGUGCUUCUCAUUCUACGUACGAGCGACUGGAGUUGAAAUCCCAUUGCCAGACAACUGA